GCCUCUCCUAUUGGGAGACCGUGGGUGAAACUUUGUCCCUCUCCAAGCCUCAGCGUCCAGGUAUGCAUUUGAUGCCCCUUGGAGGUCUCUUCCAAGUGAAUGUUGCAGAAAUCGAGCUGGAGGUGAAGAGCUCCUGGUCCUUCCUGCAGGACACUCCCUUACUCUCCCUGCCAGCUAGUGGCCAAAGGGCAGGGCCACCUAUUAGGUAAUGGUUAACUGGACCCGACACCCCAUCUAUAAGGAGCCACACCAGCUGGCCAAGACUCCACAGGAUGCAGUGCGUGAAGGUGCUUGGAGGGGUGCUGGGGGCCGCUGCCCUCUUGGGGCUGGGGAUCAUCCUGGGCCACUUUGCCAUCCCCAAGGGGACUGACCUGCCAGCCCCCAGUGCCUCAGCCUCCCAGGACCUGGACCUGGAGAUCCUUGAGGCUGUCGUGGGACAGCUCGAUGCCAACAGGAUCCGGGAGAACCUUAGAGAACUCUCCAAGGAGCCGCACCUGGCCACCAGCCCCCGGGAUGAGGCGCUGGUGCAGCUGCUACUGCGGCGCUGGCAGGACCCGGAGUCGGGCCUGGACUCAGCCGGGAUCUCUGAGUACGAAGUGCUGCUGUCCUUCCCCAGCCAGAAGCAGCCCAACCGUGUGGAUGUUGGUGAGGUCCUGCUCUGGCCUGGGGAGGCCUGUGGGCCGGGAGAGCUGCCGGCCCAGCCCAGACACUGCCCUCUCUCCACAGUGGGUCCUGCUGGGGACAUCCUCUUCUCCUCCCAACGAAGUGAAGAGAACCUGACUGGGGAGCAGGGGGACCCCAAUGUGGUACCACCAUAUGCUGCCUAUGCUCCCCCCGGAACACCUCAGGGCCUCCUCGUCUAUGCUAACUGGGGCUCGGAAGAAGACUUCAUGGAGCUAUACCAACAGGGCAUCAAACUCCAAGAUAGCAUCGUCCUGACCCGCUAUGGGGGUGUAGGGCGCAGGGCUAAGGCUGUGAAUGCUGCCAAGUAUGGGGUGGCUGGGGUGCUGGUGUACACGGACCCUGCAGAUAUCAACGACGGGAAAAGCUUGCCGAACGAGACCUUCCCGCACUCCUGGGGACUUCCUCCCUCGGGGGUGGAGCGAGGCUCCUACUUUGAGUAUUUUGGGGACCCCCUGACUCCUUACCUUCCAGCCAACCCCUCCUCCUUCCGCCUGGACUCUGACAAUGCCUCCGGAUUUCCCCCAAUUCCCACUCAGCCCAUUGGCUUCAAGGAUGCAGAAGUCCUUCUCUGCAACCUGCAGGGAGCCUCAGCCCCGGCUGCCUGGCAGGGAGCCCUGGGCUGUGACUACAAGCUGGGGCCCGGCUUCCGUUCUGAUGGUAUCUUCCCAGCAGGCAGCCAGGUGAACGUGAGUGUCUACAACCGCCUGGAGCUGCGGAACUCCUCCAACGUCCUGGGGAUCAUCCGCGGGGCCGUGGAGCCUGACCGCUAUGUGCUGUAUGGAAACCACCGGGACAGCUGGGUUCACGGGGCCGUGGACCCCAGCAGUGGCACUGCUGUCCUCCUGGAGCUCUCCCGCGUCCUGGGGACUCUGCUGAAGAAGGGCACCUGGCGUCCCCGAAGAUCCAUCGUGUUUGCGAGCUGGGGGGCAGAGGAGUUUGGGCUCAUCGGCUCCACAGAGUUCACGGAGGAGUCCUUCAGCAAGCUGCAGGAGCGCGCCGUAGCCUACAUCAACGUGGACAUCUCGGUGUUUGCCAAUGCCACCCUGAGGGCGCAGGGGACGCCCCCGGUCCAAAGCGUCAUCUUCUCUGCAGCCAAACAGAUCCGCGCACCAGGCCCCGGCAGUCUCAGCAUCUAUGACAACUGGAUCCGAUAUUCCAACCGUAGCAGCCCGGUGUACGGCCUGGUCCCCAGCCUGGGCACUCUGGGUGCGAGCAGCGACUACGCACCCUUCAUUCACUUCCUGGGCAUCUCCUCCAUGGACAUCGCCUACACCUAUGACCGGAGCAAGACCUCAGCCCGGAUCUACCCUACCUACCACACAGCCUUUGACACCUUUGAUUACGUGGACAAGUUUGUGGACCCUGGUUUCAGCAGCCAUCAGGCCGUGGCCCAGACCGUGGGCAGUGUGCUUCUCCGGCUCAGUGACAGCCUCUUCCUGCCUCUCAAUGUCAGUGACUACAGCGAGACCCUCCGCAGCCUCCUGCAGGCUGCCCAGCAGGACCUUGGUGGCCUGUUGGAGCAGCACAACAUCAGCCUGGGACCUCUGGUGACCGCAGUGGAGAAGUUUGAGGAGGCAGCCACGGUGUUGGGCCAACACGUAUCAGCACUGCAGAAGGGCACCCCCGACCCCCUGCAGGUGUGGAUGCUCAAUGACCAGCUGAUGCUCUCGGAACGGACUUUCCUGAAUUCGCGAGCCUUCCCAGAGGGACGCUACUACAGCCAUGUGCUCUGGGCACCCCGCACCGGCUCUGUACCCACGUUCCCAGGCCUGUCCAAUGCCUGCUCCAAGGCCAUGAACACAGGCCCCGGAUCUGCAGCCUGGGCUGAGGUGCAGAGGCAGCUCAGCAUCCUGGUGGUGGCCCUGGAGGGCGCAGCAGCCACCCUGAGGCCUGUGGCUGACCUCUGACCCUAGCCCUCAUUCUUCAGCUCCCAUCCCCACCCUUUAUCCUAACCCUCUCCCACUCCAGUUUUGAGUGUGUCCCCGUCUCUCCUGAUGCUAGGAAAGGGCACGACCACAGGACCCUCUCAAACUUCUGAGGCAACAGCUCAGGGCCCCACCGGUGCGGACACUUGAAGGGAGUGACAAGCCCCAGAUGAAACUUUCCCUCUUCCUGGCU